AUGUCGGUUUCCAUUCAAAAUAGAACUACAGAGUUUCAGCAAUGCGUCAGCACAUAUGAAAAGAUCAAUAGAAGGCAGCAGCAGCAGCAGCAACUGGGCAGCACCAAAAAGGCAACGGCAGCUCCACAGCCUCCAAAAAAGUCACAAUUCAGCCAACAAGCAAGUCUUAUAGCGAAGGAUAUCUCGCAUGUGACGGAGCUCUUGAGCAAACUCGCCAUUUUGGCAAGACGGAAACCUUUGUUUGACGACAAACCAAUUGAGAUUGGAGAAUUGACCUAUGUGAUUAAGCAGGACAUAUUCAAGAUAGAAACCAACAUUCAAAACUUGCAAAAAUACAUGAAGGGGGAGUCAUCGAUCAUGGUGGACCCUCAGACGACGCAAUUCAGCAAAAAUGUCUUGACUUUGCUCAACUCAAAGAUGAAAAAUGUCUCGGGAGAGUUCAAGAGUGUGUUGGAAGUGAGACAGAAGAAUGAAAUAAUGAACAAGAACAGACAGGACAAUUUUCUUUCUUCCGUGUCCAAUGGACGAGCCCUCAAUAGUGCAUCACCAUUGAACGUCGAUCAUGAAUUACCUGGCAACAAAUCCGAGUAUUUGAGCAAUUUGAAUGAAAACCCGUUUCUUCAUUCAGCUCCGUCAUCAAGCAAACCCUUCAACCCAGACGCCGACCCCGAAAUCCAGUCCCCAUACGACAACUCGGGAUACUUGUCGCUACCAAACCAGCAACAGCAGCAGCUACUAUUGAUGGAGGAGCAAAACAGCGGGCAGCAAUAUUUGCAGCUGAGGAGUCGUGCCGUGGAAAGCAUCGAAAGCACAAUUAACGAAGUUGGCAAUUUGUUUCAGCAACUAGCCACCAUGGUCAGUGAACAAGGAGAGCAAAUCCAAAGGAUCGACGCAAAUGUCGAGGACAUCAAUCUUAACAUAACCGGAGCACAGAGGGAGUUGUUGAAAUACUAUGCACACAUUACAAGCAACAGAUGGUUGUUUCUAAAAAUCUUUGGGGUGCUAAUUGUCUUUUUCUUCAUAUGGGUGCUUGUAAGUUAG